CCCGUCUUCUGGUGAAGAGCCUUAAUCCGCUAAAUUAACCGAGUAGUCGACGUCUGCUUGCCUUCAAAUACGUGCAGAUCCUGAUUCUUUCAUAAAGAACCGCAAAAAGGGAAUAAUAAGAGAACCAUGAUUGAUUUGUACCUAGUUAGUUGGUUCAAUAUUUGGUUUCUCGGUUUAGAAUAGUCUAAACAAAAUAUCGAAUAUUGACCAACACUCUUCCGCAUUUUGACUCGAGAGUCAUGCGUGUUUGGUUCAACAAACCAAAUUGUCAUCAAUUCUGUCUAAUCUUAUUCGGGUUUUACCAAAUUGAAUGUUCACCCCUAACGCUCGCCCAAACACAAUAAGAGUCAUACAUCUGGCAAACACUAGCAGCCAUGUCAGCAAUAAAAAAGAAAAACAAACCAAAAUCAUUAAAAUAAUUAUAAAAUACGACUGAAGAUUUGGUGGACCCUUUUGACACACGAGGGUUUGAUUCAGUCCAACAUGAGCUCCCAGCCAAUCAGAAAACUACAUUGUGAUAAUUUGAUAAUGAAUUAAAAUUUCCCCCCUCCUCUCCCUCCCUCUCAGGUGCCGUACACCAGAAAAUCCCAGUAAUUAAUUACUCCAUUUUACCUACGUAAAAAAAAAAAAAAUUACUGCAGCUUGUAUACCCGUAGAAAAGGCUGGUGCUACCUGCCUGAUGACUAGUGAGCUCUCCUCCUCCUCUUCUUCUUAUCUCCGCUCGCCAUCUCUGCGCCGGCGCCUCCUCGUUAGGGCUCAUCCCUCUUUUCACUUUCUUUCUCCCACCGCCAUUUCUGUUCCAGUCUAAAAGCUGUGAUUUUUUCCACCUUCCUUGGCUAUUUGAAAAAAAAAAGAUAAAAUGAAAAAAAAAAUGGCAGCGCUGGUUUGGGUUUGGCGGUUUUGAUCGCUCAACAUUUUGCGCUCACUCCCAAUCUCUCUCUCUCUAAGCUCCACCCCGCAGAUAUCUCGUGAUAUUUGACGAUAUGGGUCUUCCUUUACUCGAUCUGGGGGAGAUCUCCUACUCACAUUAUGCCUCUCCUUCUCUCUUAUCUUCUUCCCGCAGCGCCCACCCAGUCCUCAAAUGUAGAGUGACCUCCCUUUUUGGCUAGCUCCAUUUUUGGAUGCCGGAUGUGGGUUUGUCUUUGUUUGUAAUGGUUCAUUUAUUCUUUCCCCCAAAAUUCUCUCUCGCUCUGUAAUUUUUUCUUGCUAUGGGUUGAUCAAGGGGCCGCCGUCUCCAGCUCUGUUUCCGUUUUGAUCGUCUCCAUUUUUUCUGCAUUCCUUUCGAUUGCGGCUUGCUUUUUUAGUCUUUUAGCUCUCUGCAACUCAGAGUUCGGUUGAGUUCACCGGAGGGAGAAGAAAAUCUCAGGCCGGACAGUUUUUCUCUCUCUUUUGUUGAAGGUAAUUGGAGCGAUUCUUCUCAAUUCUCUCUCUCUCUCUCUCUCAAGUUCUGAUCUUACUCUUACGUCUUGCUUUCAGCUCAGUUUGGAGUUCUGCUUUAGUUUUGGUGAUGGAGUAAGGACUGCGCAUUUCUCUCGUUUAACUUCCACCAUUGAUGUUCUGCAUUGAGCUCUGAGUCUAUUGAAAGAGAUAGUCCGUAAAUCUGUUGUUGCAUGUGUGUGAUGAUUGCUCGAUUACGCGCUUUCAUGUGUGUUUUAGAGAUUUUCUCGAGCCUUGAGCUCCGAUUACCGCGUUUUUGCUCCGGAAAUGGCUGCAUUUUGAGUUUUGACUGUUUGUCGAUUUGACAAGAAUGCAGGUUUUCUGACUCGUUCACUGACUCAGUUCUCAGGCUUACAUGAUGACGAAUGGUAGCGAGGAAAAGAGAAAGUGGAAGACUCGUGGAGAGUCGUCGGGGAAUGAAGAAGGGAGUAGUGUGGGGAAAUGUGAUGCAGCCAUUGGUCUAAAGAAGGGGCCAUGGACUUCUGCAGAAGAUGCAAUCCUGAUGGAGUAUGUUACAACUCAUGGAGAAGGCAACUGGAAUGCAGUCCAGAAGCACUCUGGACUGUCGAGGUGUGGGAAAAGCUGCAGGCUACGUUGGGCAAAUCAUCUGAGGCCCGAUUUGAAGAAAGGAGCGUUCUCUCCUGAGGAAGAGCGGCUUAUUAUUGAGCUGCAUGCAAAGAUGGGCAACAAGUGGGCUCGAAUGGCUGCCGAGUUGCCUGGACGGACAGAUAACGAGAUAAAAAAUUACUGGAACACAAGAAUCAAAAGACUGCAACGUGCUGGACUUCCAAUCUAUCCUCCUGAGAUAUGCUUGAAAGUUCUUGAAGGAAAUCAUCAAGCUCAAUGCAUGGAUCCAAAUGGGACAAAUGGUGGCGAUCCAGUGCAGAAGGAUCACAGAGAGAUCCCAGAACUGGUCUUCAAAAAUUUCAAGAUCAAUCGGGGAGUUCUCUCUUAUCUGCCAAACCUUCUCGAUGUUCCAGGAAGCAACAUUAUGAAACAAGAUGGUUUUGGUUCAAGCAAUAACUAUGCCUUCAUGCUCCCAACACUACCACCGCCAAAGCGACUCAGAACAGCAACAGAAGACUGCAUUUUCCCUGCUGUAGUAGAUACUGGUGGUGUCAGCAGUGGCCUUCCACCAAAUUUCAGUCAGCUUACUACAGACUAUGCUGCUAGUGAGAGGAUCCCAGACCCAUUUGGUUUAUCCUCUCCAUAUGAUCCUUCUGAUGUCAAUAUUACUACUUAUGAGGGGCAGCCCCCAUUUGCUGCUCUUCCAGGCAGUCAUGCCUUCUUAAAUGACGACUCUUCUUCUUCUGAGCCCAUAUCCGGGGCGAUGAAGUUGGAGCUCCCUUCACUCCAAUAUACAGAUACUCAUCAGCUGGACAGCUGGGGGGCGAUGACCCCAACGGCUUCCCCUUUGCCUUCAGUUGAGUCUGUUGAUACUAAUACUUUUAUUCAAUCUCCUCCACCGACGACAGAGCAACCUGAGUCGCCGGGUUGCCUCUCGCCAAGAAGCAGCGGUCUCCUGGAAGCAGUACUCUACGAAUCACUGACCCUCACAAACAUGAACUGCUUAGGGAACAAUCAGGCUUCCGUGGCUGCUUCUAUGGAACAUCACUUGCCUUUCGAUUCCAGGAAGAGAGAUUGGGGAAUUCAAGCUGACCCUAACUCGCCAUUGGGUCAUUCUGCUGCAUCAGUGUUCAGUGUGUGCACGCCCAUGAGUGGAAGCUCGUCCGACGAACCAGGGUGUGAAAUGAAGCAGGAGAUGGCGAGCCAAGUAUCAUCCCCGUAUGGGGAAGAGAAGCAAGCUGCUGCUGCUGCUGCUGCAGACUGCAUGCAAAUAGAUUUCAACAGGCCAGAUGUGCUACUUGGCUCGGGCAGCUACUUCGGAUUAAGCUAUGGUGGUUGCGUCGAAAAGGGUGAACCACCUGCUACUGCUCAAACUGAUGCGGCAGGGGGCGGCUGAAGCCUGAAGGUAGUAACAAGCAACAUGAGCCAAGCAAGAGAACAGUAGCAAACCAGGGUGCAAACGGCGUGUGGAUGGAUUAAGAAUAAGAUCGUUUGUCUACCCGUGUUUGUUGGAUACAAUUUCGAGCUUUUAGUUGUUUAGUCAACUAGGAGUGUGUUUUGGUUUGGUUUCCAUCUGUGAAUACCGAAUUGUUAUUGUUCUAUGAGCCAUAUGCAUGUUAUCUGGAAAACUUUCCAUGGGGAUGGAUAGUCUUUUGCAGGAUAGUGAGGUAGAUGUUCCUGUCUCCAGUGGGAUGGAUGCUUUUGGCUGAUGUCCCAUUUUAUCGUCAUGUUUGGAAGAACAACUGUCCCUUUUGCUUUUGCUUUUUUUUUUUUUUUGUUUGUCUUUCAACUGGACUGGAACAAAACAAGGGUAUCCUC